CUUCAAUUGAAAGCAAAAGGGAAUGAAAAACAUGGGGAGUGAAGAAGAAACACAACAAGGAUUCUCGAAGAUGGUGAACCCUGGAAAAGCCACAAUUCUGGCUCUCGGCAAGGCUUUCCCUCACCAGCUUGUCAUGCAAGAGUUUCUGGUUGAUGGCUAUUUUAAGAACACCAACUGCGAUGACCCUGAUCUCAGGAAGAAGCUAACCCGACUCUGCAAGACAACUACUGUUAAGACAAGGUACGUGGUGAUGUCGGAAGAAAUCCUGAAGGAGUACCCUGAGCUUGCCAUUGAAGGACUCCCCACUGUGAAACAGCGAUUGGACAUCUGUAACGAUGCGGUCACGGAGAUGGCCGUUGAAGCCUCUCGAGUUUGUAUCGAAAAAUGGGGUAGGCCGAUAUCGGAAUUAACUCACUUGGUGUAUGUAUCCUCGAGUGAAGUUCGGCUGCCUGGUGGUGACCUUUACUUGGCGAAAGGACUAGGACUCAGCCCUGAGAUUCAACGCGUAAUGCUCUACUUCAUGGGCUGCUCUGGGGGUGCUGCUGGCCUUCGUGUAGCAAAAGACAUUGCUGAAAACAAUCCUGGAAGCCGGAUCUUGUUAGCUACUUCUGAAACUACGAUUAUUGGUUUCAAACCACCGAGUGCGGAUAGACCGUAUGACCUGGUCGGUGCAGCACUUUUUGGCGAUGGUGCUGGAGCUAUGAUCAUUGGCUCUGAUCCAGAUUUGAGCAUUGAGACACCCCUCUUCGAGCUUCACACUGCAAUCCAGAAUUUCUUGCCCGAUACCGAGAAGACGAUUGAUGGGAAACUUACGGAAGAGGGGAUUAGUUUCAAGCUUUCAAGGGAGCUUCCUCAGAUAAUUGAAGACAACGUUGAAAGUUUCUGUGAGAAACUGAUGGGAACUGUUGGAUUGACUGACAAGGACUAUAACAAGAUGUUCUGGGCUGUUCAUCCAGGGGGACCUGCAAUCUUGAACAGAAUCGAAAAACGACUAGAUUUGUGCCCACAGAAACUAACUGCAAGUAGAAGAGCUUUGAUGGAUUAUGGAAAUGCUAGCAGUAACACCAUUGUGUACGUGCUGGAAUACAUGAUAGAAGAGAGCUUGAAGAAGGAAGAGAACCAAGAAGAGAGUGAAUGGGGCUUGAUUUUAGCUUUUGGACCAGGAGUCACCUUAGAGGGUAUUGUUGCAAGAAACCUGACAGUAUAAGAAUAAUGUCGUCAUAUAUUUCAAGAAAGUUGCAUCUUUUACCAUAAAAUCAAGUGUCUCACAUGCAAUGGGAGACCAUAAUCAAUUCAUGUUUCACAAGGAAUCUAUGUGAAAAGUUUAAACUUCCCUCUAAAUCUACAUGAUCAUAUUUCUUUCCUUAUAUUCUGUGAGUUGAAUUUCU